AUGUCAAAGAUAAACAGAGUGGAAGAAUCAGUGGACGGAAAGGAAAAUAAAUUUCUCUACGCAGGAUGUGAAGACAAUAGACAUACAAAUCUACUAAUCGAACAUGCUGAAUUGGUAAAAGAACUUGAACAUGCUAGAUUGGUCCAAGAACGAUUACAAAAGGAAUUGGAAGAGGCAAGAAAGAAGAAAAAUUCUUACUAUGCUGCUUGGCAAAAAGCCCUUCAAAGAUUGGAUUUCAUAUAUGCCAUCAUCAUCGAGGCACAAGCAGAUAUUGAUGACGCUUUAGACUUCGAGAGAUUUUGA